UCCGCGGGCCCGAUGCUGGUGUCGGCGGCGCGGCGCGAUGAGCCGCCCGUCCUCCGCCGGCCCCGGCUCUAGCAAGCCCUGCGGCAAGCAGCAGCAGCAGCACGCUCCGACCCCCGCCGUGCCCGCCGCCGUCCUACCGGGGCCCGGCGGGGCCUCCCCGCCGCCGCCGCCCCCUCCUCCGCCACCGCCUCCGCCGCCGCCGCAGCAGCAGCAGCAGCACCACGAGCUGACCUCGCUGUUCGAGUGCCCGGUCUGCUUCGACUAUGUCCUACCACCCAUCCUGCAGUGCCAGGCCGGGCACCUGGUCUGCAACCAAUGCCGGCAGAAGCUGAGCCUCUGCCCCACCUGCCGGGGCUCCCUCACCCCCAGCAUCAGGAACCUGGCCAUGGAGAAGGUGGCCUCGGCUGUCCUCUUCCCCUGCAAGUAUGCCACCACGGGCUGCUCGCUGACACUCCACCACACAGAAAAGCCAGAGCACGAAGACAUCUGCGAGUACCGGCCCUACUCCUGCCCCUGCCCCGGGGCCUCCUGCAAGUGGCAGGGGUCCCUGGAAGCCGUCAUGUCCCACCUCAUGCACGCCCACAAGAGCAUCACCACCCUGCAGGGAGAAGACAUCGUGUUUCUAGCCACGGACAUUAACCUGCCGGGGGCGGUUGACUGGGUGAUGAUGCAGUCGUGCUUCGGCCACCACUUCAUGCUGGUGCUGGAGAAGCAGGAGAAGUACGAGGGCCACCAGCAGUUCUUCGCCAUCGUGCUGCUCAUCGGCACCCGCAAGCAGGCCGAGAACUUUUUCUACAGACUGGAGCUGAACGGCAACCGCCGGCGGCUGACCUGGGAGGCCACCCCGCGCUCCAUCCACGACGGCGUGUCGGCCGCCAUCCGCAACAGCGACUGCCUGGUGUUCGACACGGCCAUCGCGCACCUCUUCGCCGACAACGGCAACCUGGGCAUCAACGUCACCAUCUCCACCUGCUGCCCGUGAGCUGCCCGCCCGCCGCAGGCUGGGCUGCCUGGACGUCGUGCUUCGCCUUCACCAAGGGUUUUCUUUCUGUUCCGGUGUCUUUAACGAUCCUCACCCGCGCCAUCGCCUGUGCUAAGGUUCCUAACUAGCCAACGUUUUUACCUUCGGAGAGAAGAGGAACAAGAGUGUCCUGUAAGUCCUGCCAGUGGGAAAAGGUCUUUUUAAACUCUCGGGUGCCUUAGGAAGAUUACACACACACACAGAGUCACCUUUUUUAAUUUAACUGUCUUUUGUUUAAAGAGUGCUUCCACUAGACCUGCGGCUGAAGAGACCAGAAGGACUGCAUUCCUCUUGGGAGCGCACCUGAAAGGCCUUCCAGCAGGAGCACAGACUCGCUCUCGCAGCUGAGCUUUAGCAACAGCUUUCAGUAGGUGGGAAAGGAAAGGAACCCAAGCAGCCUCUCGCAGGAGGGGCCGUGACUCAAAGGGCAGCAAGGGGUACCUCGGUGCCCAUGCUCCAUUUCCUGUUAGCUUACCAGAAAGGGAUGAGCGCUGGCUCCCAGCUGGGUUUUCAGCAGAAUGCAGGGGAGGAGGAGCUGAGGUAGAGCAGGGAGGAUUCACAGGCCGUGGCAAGUGCCAGCUCCUGUCCCUUUCAGGGGAAUUAGUGAGCCCAGUACACUUAACAGCCAGGUAGGGGUGUGGCAAGUGCCAGCUCCUGUCCCUUUCUGGGGGAUUAGUGAGCCCAGUACACUUAACAGCCACUCAGCCAGGUACGGGUGAAAGAGGAGACCACCUCAAAGGCAUCUUCAACAUCUAGAGCCAACAACACAGAAAUACACUCGAGCUGUCCACACGCAGCUUCCCUCAGAGACAUACUUGACUGUUGAUUAUUGUAAAAGAUGAAUAAUAUAGCAAGAGCUUUAUGGCCAGUGUCACAUCGUUUGCUAUUUAAGUUCUGUUGCCAUAUUUACUUUUAUUUUGUAAUAAAUAUUUUGCAAAAACUA